AUGUGCGGCAUCGCCUUCGCCAUCCGGAGUUCGACAUCUUACAGGGCGUCGGGGCUUCCUCCGGCAAAUGUCGCGCUCGAUGCGGGCUCGCCGGCUUCUACGGGGUCUGCAGGGUCGCCGGGAGGCAUGGAGCUGGACUUGAUCGACGAGGAUGACCCCGAGUACGGGAUCAAGUUGCCUGACGGGACGAAGCCGGCAAAGUACCUGGACGCGAACGAGACCUGGGAGCAGGUUGUCGACGCUGUCAAGGGCAGAGGUCCGGACGUCUCGAAUACGCUCAUCAAGCACGUCAAGGCUAGCAAGGCGUUCCACUUCGAGAUGCGCUUCCACGCAUCGGUACUGCAUAUGCGGGGCGACGUCGUCACGCCCCAGCCAUUCGUCUCGAAGGACGGGGACGUCUUGCUCUGGAACGGCGAGAUCUUUGACGGUCUGGAGGUCGGCGAGCACGAGAACGACGGCCAGAAGCUGUUUGACCGAAUUCAAGCGUUUGGUCCCUCCAACUUCUUCGCCGCCAUCCGCGACGUCGAAGGCCCCUACGCUUUCGUCUACUUCCAAGCGUCCAACUCUCGACUCUACUUCGGCCGCGACCCGCUCGGACGGCGAUCUCUCCUCGUUCACGCCCCGACUCCCGCCUCGCCCUAUCUCUUCCUCGUCUCGAAUGCGCCCGGAGCCGACUUUCCGCUGCAGGAGUGGGAAGAGGUAAGCUGUGAAGCGGUACAUUGCUAUCAUCUGCUGGAUCUGAAGGGCAAGUCGUGGUCGGUCGAUGGACGACGUGGUCUCUCCUCGUACCCUCGCUAUCCGAAGUCUAUGGGCCUCUCGCAAGACAUCCUCGUCUAUCCCUACGACCGUCUUAACUCCUCAGUGCCCGCUCCCGGCACCCUUCUCCCUAUGACGCCUACCACACCCCCAGAACCCGUCUUCACCUCGCACCUCGCCCUCCUCGUCCAGUCCCUCCUCUCCGAACUCGAAACCGCCGUCCGCGCACGAGUCUCGACAGUCCCGCCGUUCCCUCCACCUCCUGACGCCCGCAUCGCCGUCCUCUUCUCUGGCGGACUCGACUGCACCGUCGUCGCGCUCGUCCUCGACCGCGUUCUGCCGGAAGGCGAGGCGGUCGACCUUAUCAAUGUGGCUUUCGAGAAUCCUCGUAAACUCAGGGCGAAGGAAGGUCUGAAGGGCAAGGCGAAGGCUACGAUCUCGAACGACGAUGCGAUGGAUGUUGACGAUGCACGAGGGAAUGGCGUGAAGUCAGAAUCUCCAGCGGCGACUGCACGGGAUCCGAAGAUCUACGACGUCCCGGAUCGCUUGACGGCUCGCAACGCCUGGGAGGAGCUCAAGCGCUUGCGGCCCAAACGGAGAUGGAAUCUCGUCGAGGUCGACGUGCCGUACCAGGAGAUGCUGGCGCAUCGGCAGACGGUUAUCGACUUGAUGCGGCCUCAAAACACCGUCAUGGACCUCAGCAUAUCUAUCGCCUUCUACUUCGCCGCACGAGGCGAAGGCCACCUCUCGCAAUACUCUUCCUCCGAUCCUUCGCCCUCCUCCAACCCGCCUCAGCCAUAUCACUCCCGCGCCCGAGUGCUCCUCACUGGACUCGGAGCCGACGAGCUCCUCGCAGGCUACGCUCGCCACCGUAAAGCCUUCGCACAACCCGUCGUCUCUACUCCUCCGCCUCCUCCGCCAAAAGCCACCUUCUCCGUCGCAUCCUCGUCGUAUUUCUCUUCCGCCAACUCGACAUCCGCUGAGCCCACCACCUCAGAGAGUUUCUCGCCAGACCCCGUCAACUCACCCCAGAACUGGUCCGCCCUCAUCGCCGAACUGCAACUCGACCUCGACCGCCUACCGACUCGCAACCUCGGCCGCGAUGACCGCAUCAUCUCGAUACACGGCAAGGAGGCGCGGUACCCCUUCCUCGCGGGCCAUGUCGUCGCCUUUCUCGCUCGUCAGCCCGUCUGGUUCAAGGCCGACUUGCGGUUCUCGGAGGGCAUCGGCGACAAGAUGCUGCUGCGGUUGCUUGCAAAGAGGCUGGGUUUGAAGGAAGCUGCGGUGAGGAAGAAGAGGGCGAUUCAUUUCGGGGCGCAGACGGCGAAGAUGGAGUUUGGUGACGGGCGACUGAAGGGGACGGAUUUGUUGGCCGUAUGA